GCGCUGUGCGGGUUUCAGAGCAGCGAGUCUGCGGCUAUUGCGUGUACGUGGGGUCUGAGAUAUGCGUAUCUACCGCCUCUUUGGGAAGUAGGGUGGCCAGCCAUUUGCCCUCCGUGAAGCAGAGACGCCUUUCCCCCUUAACCAUGCGGCUGUGGCAGUGUGCAAUGCACAUUGCGCGCUAAUGACUGCCGCAUUGAGGAUCCCUCUGCCCAUGUCCAACCUUUCUCAAGCCUGGCUGCUCUUGCUGUUUGUGUGGAGAUGUGAACCCUACACAAUAAAGUGACACGUACCCUCGUGGCCAUCCAGGGUGUUAUGAUGGUGUGCGGGGAAUGUCAAUAUGUGGUGUUGGCUGGCUACAAGAAACAUCUUCACGACAUGGGUGCUGGGCCUUGACUUCUUGUCUGAGCGAGCCCGUCUUUCUUUUCUCCCUCGGCAAGCACGCUGUCUCUUCACAUUAUUGCAUAUCCUUCUUCUCACUAUUCGCAUUUGUAGUUUGCUGUAUAGGAAGGCCGAUUUCUGUGCAACAUUUCAUAUCUGCAUAUUUUCAUAAUACUAGAUUCUUCAUAUCUACAUUUUAUUUUGCUUACUACAUGCGGUGCAAGGCUAUAGUGGGCGUACUGGCCGCACUUCUUCUGCUGCUGGUAGUCAGCGGUGCGAAAGGCGAUUCAGAGUCCAAGGGGCUGAUUCUGGCCGAUGCCUCAUCCCAUUCCACGGGCUCUUCGCAUGGCAAGGGCGACAGCGACAGCAAGGGCUCCUCACAGGGAAAGAAACCCACCAAGACGACCAAGUCGGAUGGUGACGACGAUGGCGACUCCAAGAGCAAGAAGGGCGGGCGGAAACGGCCGACCAAGACGCGCAAGGUAGAGGAAGAAGAAGACGACAGCGAGAGCGAUGCCGAGCGUGCCUAUCUGAAGCGCGUCAAGGCCGACAAGGACGCGGGCAGAAUGCCCGGGCGCAUGAAGAUGUUGGUACCGCCACGCACAGUGCACACGCCCUUGUUUGAGCUGGACUCUGUGGUCGAGCUGCAGUGGGAGUACGACAACAAUGUGAUCGAGGUUCCCGAGAAGCUGAUGAUCUCGGUGCAGAUGCCACGCGACCCGCACGCCGAUCCGCGCCUCAAGCCAGUCAUCUAUGACAUUGCAGUCAACGUCACCGGCGACAGGAAGAAAUUUUACUGGGACACAAAGAACGACGUGCCGGACGGCGUCGGCAUGAGGGAGGGGUCGGGGUACACGAUGUACUUUUAUGAUGGCGAGAUCGGGUUCCGGAUGAGCGAUGUGGUGCCGGCCGGCUACUUGAUAAAGUAUGCGAUGCCAUUUGCGUUCUUCAUCUCCAGGUACGACCGCACCAACGAUGGCGUGCCGAAAAACUACAAUCCGAAUGCUGCCACGCACCUGGCGCCUGCUGUGGCCUGGUCGCUGCUGGUGGUGAUGGUGGCCACGUUUGCGGUCCGCUGAGCUUGAUGCAGCCGGCAUUUCAGGACCCUAUCUUUACGGAGCGGAGGAGGCACGGCGUCUCUCGCGCCUGUGGUCCUCCUGAGUCUAUGUUCCAUCACUAUUCAUCGACAUUAUUUCUUUGUCAGAGGGAGAAAUAGAAUUGCAUUUUGCCUUUUU